AUGGCCCUUUUGUAUGGUCUCGCCUUUGCUGGUCUGGCGGCGGCAGCUCUGAAACCCGACUGCCCUCACUUCACCAACUACGCCGCCACUCCCCACGAGCCCUUCUCCGAGGGCGUCCAUAAGCUCUCGUAUCAACGGCCUGCCCCGGAAUGUCGGACGGCCAGCUUUCCCGAAGUCGAGAAGACCAUCUCCGACAUGAAGACGCUCGUAAAAGACCCGGACCUGUACCGACUCUUCGAGAACGCCUUCCCAAACACACUCGACACGACCGUCGCCUGGACCGGGUUCGCCGCUGAGGAUCCAGAGGAGGAGCUGAGCUUCAUCAUUACCGGCGACAUCAACGCCGAAUGGCUCAGGGACAGCAGUAAUCAGCUACAGAGCUACCGUUCCCUACUCGAGCGCAACUCCUCGGCAGGGUCUCUGGCCGCGCUCUACCGCGGGGCCAUCAACUUGCAGGCUCGUUAUGUCCGUUUCGCACCCCAUUGCAACGCCUUCCAGCCACCAGAGGAAUCCAAUGUGCCUCCCACAAGCAACGGCAGCCCCGACAAAAUAUACCCGGCAUACCCAACCUAUUCAUUUUUCGAGUGCAAGUACGAGCUGGACUCCCUGGCCGCCUUCCUCCAGCUCUCCCACGACUACUACGCUGCCACCGCCGACAAGGACUUCUUCGCCCGCUUCAACUGGGCCAAGGCCGUCGCCGUCCUCCUCAACACGACGGAUGCCCUGCGCGCCGGCACCUACGCCGCCGACGGCACCCUCAACCCGUCGCCCGCCCUCUUCGAGCGCCAGACCACCUCGGCCUCGGAGACGCUCUCCAACCACGGCAACGGCGCACCCACGCAGGGCGACACGGGCAUGGUCCGUAGCUUCUUCCGCCCCAGCGACGACAGCUGCAUCUACCAGCUCUUCGUGCCUGCCAACAUGAUGUUCUCCCGCUACCUUGACUCUUGCGCCGAGAUCAUGGACGCCAUCGACACGAGCCUCGCCGAGCGCAUGCGCGACUCAGCAGCCACCGUCCGUGACGGCAUCGAGGCACACGGCAAAACGACGCACCCCAAGUACGGCGAGAUCUACUCGUACGAAGUGGACGGCUUCGGCAGCCACAACAACAUGGACGACGCAAACAUCCCGUCCCUUCUCUCCGCCCCGCACUACGGCUACCUCUCCGCCCAGGACCCGAUCUACCAAAACACCCGCCGCUUCGUCCUCUCCACCUCAAACCCGUACCAGAUGCGCGGUCCCGUCCUCAACGCCACGGGCGGUCCGCAUGUCGGGCCCGGCAACGCCUGGCCCAUGGCCCUCAUUGCGCAGCUCAUGACCUCGGACGACGACGACGAGAUCGCCGACGGCCUACGCCAGCUCGUUGGCUCCACGAACGGGCUCGGUCUCAUCCACGAGUCGAUAAACAGCCAUGACGCCUCACAGUGGACUCGGUCUUGGUUCGCCUGGGCCAAUGGGCUUUUUGGGCAGAUGAUGCUGGACCUCAGGGAGAGGAAGCCGCACCUCCUUGAGAGGAGCUACCAGUAA